CAUACGUAACUGGGAAUGUUACAUAAGGGCACUUUCUCUUUGUCUGCCUGUGUGUGUUCCUGUAAUUGCAGACAGAUAAGAACCUGGGACAAGCACUCAGGUUACAAAGAUAGAUAAAGGGAGAGAAGAACACUGAAGCACUUAGACUUUAGCUGGGACUUCAGGAAGGACUGCUUCUGGGAGUCUUGUGAGAGAUUCUUACUGUUGGACUCAGAUGUUGGAGAGGACUUACGCUGGAAGCCACGAGUAAUCAAAACCAAAGGAUUCCUGGACCUACAGAUAACCACCGGAAGAGAUAGUGACAGAGAAAAACAUACACACACAGUGACCGUGCGCUUCACAGUCAAGCAGGAAGGGAUUUGUGCACAGUUGGAAUUUGUCGUCUACAGAAGUGGCUCAGCUGUGAAUGUUCGACAAAGUCAGCGGAGGACAGGAGCUCCAUAAAAAGCACCACGCUAGUCUUGCUUGAGACACUUGACAGUCAGAUUUUGGCUUCUGGUUCUUGAUUUGUUCAAGUAAACUUUUGGCAGUUUCAGUCAUGGAGGGAGAGGGAGAGAUGACCUACAGGGAGUCCAUUGAGAAGGCUGGGUCCUCCCUGAUGCGCUUCCCUGUCAUCCCUGUCAGAGGAAUCCCUCUCAUGAAGCUCAUCGCCAACAACUUUGAUGACAUCUGGGCUUUUCGUCCUGAUCCAUCGGACCUCCUCAUUGCCACCUACCCUAAAGCAGGGACCACGUGGACCCAGGAGAUAGUUGACCUGCUUCUUCACAAUGGAGAUGCUGAGGCCUGCAGACGAGCCCCGACUCCCGUCCGCAGCCCCUUCCUCGAGAUCGUCUCCCCACCACCCAUCCCCUCAGGCCUCGAUCUGCUGAGGACAAUGGAUCCCCCAAGAGUUAUCAAGACACAUCUUCCCUUUCAGCUGGUACCUCUUGGAUUUUGGGAAAACAAAUGCAAGACAAUCUACGUGGCACGCAAUGCCAAAGACAACCUGGUGAGCUACUACUACUUUGAUCUUAUGAAUAUGACCCAGCCUGAACCAGGGCCCUUUGAUGGCUACGUCACCAAGUUCAUGCAAGGAGAGUUGUCAUGGGGCUCCUGGUAUGAUCACGUGAAAGGUUACUGGGAAGAGAGAGAGAAGAAGAACAUCCUUUACCUCUUCUACGAGGAUAUGAAAGAGAAUCCUCGACGUGAAGUGGUGCGCAUCAUGAAGUACCUGGACCUGUCAGUCUCUGAUGAAGUCAUCGACCGGAUUGUGGAUCUCACAUCCUUUAAAAAAAUGAAGGAGAACCCGAUGGCAAAUUACUCCUGCGUCCCGUCACCUGUUUUUGAUCAGACCAUUUCUCCAUUUAUGAGAAAAGGUGAAGUAGGUGAUUGGCAAAAUCAUUUUUCAGCCGAGCAAUCGAAGAUGUUUGAUGAAGAUUAUGAGAAGCAAAUGAAAGGGUCCAACAUUCCCUUCAGGACCCUCAUCUAAUGGAUUUUAGGUUUUUUGCAAAUUCAUUCUGCAAACCAAAGACCGAUGAACGGACACUGUGCAGCAAUCAAGCAGCAGAAAUCCUGUCAGAAAGUUUGCCAUGAGCUAAAAAUCAAAACAAACAAUGAAUGAAAUGAAAGUGGUUUGACUUGGGCUUCAUGUGUGGGCGGUAAACACUGUAAUCACUGCACCUCAUGAUCUAUCUAUAGAGAGGAAAUUAUCCAAACGUCUGUGUGAAGGAUCAAUAAAAAUGUGCUUCACAAUA